UGGGGCACGAGGCGCUCCCUGGAAUCACAUGGUACCUGCUCCAGUGCCGCGUGCGGCCCGGGAACCCUGGGCUGCUGGCGCCUGCGCAGAGUCCUCUGUCCCAGGGAAAGGCUCGGGCAAAAGGCGGUUGAGAUUGGCAGAGUGAAAUAUUACUGCUGAGGGAACGUAGCAGGGCACACGUCUCUCUGUGUGUCUGGGUGCCUCGUUUCUCCACCACCUACUUACUUCCUGGUUGCAGCUUCUCUCCUUUUGGGACUUUUGCACCCGAAGCUCCAGAUUUGCUACCCUGCAGUGUUGCGGAACCUUCAGGAGUGGCAUCGGUGCACUGCAGAGACCCUACCCUCCUUGCUACCUUACAGCCAGAUCUGCUGCAGGCUGAUUCCUUACACACAUUCUCUCUGCUCUUCCCAUGCAAAUCAGACCUCGGUUGCCUCAGCGUCCUACCCUUCUGCAGGGCUGCAGCCCGGCCACCCCAAAACCUUAUUGCUUGGUGCCUGGAAUCCUGAUUUUCAGCCGCGGGGUCCACUUGUCUCCCUCAGCCAUUGCCCAGGGGGCGAGAGAGACCACUGCAACCUCCAGUUUGUGUCAAGGUCCAGUUUGAAUGACCGCUCUCAGCCGGUGAAGACAUGACGACUCUGGACUCCAACAACAACACAGGUGGCGUUAUCACCUACAUUGGCUCUAGUGGCUCCUCUCCCAGCCGGACCAGCCCGGAGUCCCUCUAUAGUGACAGCUCCAAUGGCAGCUUCCAGUCCCUGACUCAAGGUUGUCCGGCAUACUUCCCACCGUCUCCCACCGGCUCCCUCACCCAGGACCCUGCCCGCUCUUUUGGAAGUGUACCACCCAGCCUCAGUGAUGAUAGCUCCCCUUCUUCAGCAUCAUCGUCAUCCUCCUCCUCCUCCUCCUCCUCCUCCUCCUCCUUCUAUAACGGGAGCCCCCCAAGAAGUCUACAAGUGGCCAUGGAGGACAGCAGCCGAGUGUCUCCCAGCAAAGGCACCAGCAACAUUACCAAGCUGAAUGGCAUGGUGCUACUGUGUAAAGUGUGUGGGGACGUGGCCUCAGGCUUCCACUAUGGCGUGCAUGCCUGUGAGGGCUGCAAGGGCUUUUUCCGUCGGAGCAUCCAACAGAAUAUCCAGUACAAACGGUGUCUGAAAAAUGAGAAUUGCUCCAUUGUUCGUAUCAAUCGCAACCGAUGCCAGCAGUGUCGCUUCAAGAAGUGUCUCUCCGUUGGCAUGUCUAGAGAUGGUAAGGCAGUAUCCCCAUGUCUCCUCCCUGCCCCAUAUCCUUCCACCCAUUUUCUACCUUAAUCCUCCCCGUGGGGGGGGG